AUGAUUGCAGGGGCCACUCCAUGUUUCCAAGGUGGUAACUCACAAGGAUUCCAAAUGUAUGGAAUGACAGAUGAUAGUGUAUCAGCUGCUUCAAUGGAGGCAGCUAGUGCUGGUGCAGAGACCCACUCCGGCGCAUUCCUAUACAGUCUUUCUAUCCUUAAAGACAAGGUUCAUCAGGUACAAUCACUAGCUGCUGUUCUUAUAUCUCCUCCUGAUCAUCAUCAACCUGAAUCAUCAUCAUCAAUUGCUAUAGCAAGUAUGGGUACUCUGAGUCAAGAAAUUAUGGUUACUGCUUCUUCUAUGAUGUUCAAUUGUCAACAACUCGCCGCGGUUGGUGCUCCGGUCAUCAAGGUUAAUCCUAAUCCUAAUGGUGGAAUAUUACCACAGAAUAACAACACCCAUGAUGCUCAAUUGGGAGAAGAAGAGGCAGGGGAUGGCGGCGCCGCCGGUGCCAGAGGUUGUUUCUUCACACAUGAACAACAUCUUGACUGGUAUGCUGAUAGCUAUGAUCAUAAUAAUAAUAGUGGUAGUAGUAAUAAUAGUCACAGCAACAAUGAUAAUAUUAACACCACCACCACCACCACAACCAAAAACAACAUUAGAAGCAAAAACAGUGAGGGGGGUGCCCUAGAAAUGGAAUUGCCAAAUGGUGGUUACCCAUAUGAUGUAAUUGAGUUAGAUGCAGCAGAUUUAUUGGCUAAAUACACACAUUAUUGUCAAGUUUGUGGUAAGGGAUUUAAGAGAGAUGCAAAUCUAAGGAUGCAUAUGAGAGCACAUGGAGAUAAGUAUAAGUCUAGUGCAGCUUUAAGUAAUCCUUUAAAGAAUAGUGGUGAAGGAGAAGGUGGUAAAGGGUUUUCUACUAUGAGAUUACCUAGGAAAUAUUCAUGUCCACAGGAAGGUUGUAGAUGGAACAAAAAUCAUGCUAAGUUUCAGCCAUUGAAAUCCAUGAUUUGUGCAAAGAAUCAUUACAAGAGAAGUCAUUGCCCUAAGAUGUAUGUUUGUAAUAGAUGUAAUCAGAAGCAAUUUUCUGUGUUAUCUGAUCUUAGGACUCAUGAGAAGCAUUGUGGUGAACAAAAAUGGCAGUGUUCAUGUGGAACUACUUUCUCUAGGAAAGAUAAGCUCAUGGGUCAUGUUGCUUUGUUCACUGGACAUACUCCAGCUGCGAAUUCUUCGUUUACGAAAUCUCAAAAUAUCGAUCACCACGCGAUUCUAUUGCAUUAG